AAUAGGCAUUUGAUUCAUUGACAAAAAAAGAGAGGAGUAUGGUUACUGGUACUGGGGUUGAGUUUUAUCCAAAAAGAAAACCACUUUGAGAGCUAGCUGUGGACUGCAGAGGAGAGGUGACUCAAAUCGGAACCCAUAGGUACAGACUCAGUCAAUGGCGUCUUCUUCCUUCUCCACUCUUCAUCUCACUACUCCAACAACCCUUUCUUCUUCUUCUUCUUCUUCCACCAACAACAAUGUUCAGAAGCUUUCUUCUUCUCUUUUCUCUUCACCCAUCUCCAUUUCCAGCUUCUCUUCAAACCCCAACAACACUUUCCAUUUCCUCAACAACAAACUUGUUUCUCCCACUCCAAGGCGUCUCUCUGUCAUCGCCAUGGCUCCUCCUAAGCCCGGUGGCAAAUCCAAGAAAGUGGUGGGAAUGAUAAAGCUGGCUCUAGAGGCAGGGAAGGCGACACCGGCGCCGCCAGUGGGGCCGGCACUGGGUUCCAAGGGUGUGAAUAUCAUGGCUUUCUGUAAGGACUACAAUGCCAGGACAGCUGACAAGCCUGGUUACGUUAUUCCUGUUGAAAUUACUGUCUAUGAUGAUAGAAGCUUUACUUUCAUUUUGAAGACACCCCCUGCUUCAGUUCUGCUCUUAAAAGCCGCAGGCGUAGAGAAAGGUUCUAAAGACCCAAAGAUGGAGAAAGUAGGCAAGGUUACCAUCGAGCAAUUGCGCACAAUUGCCGCUGAGAAGCUGCCAGACUUAAAUUGCACAACUAUUGAAUCAGCAAUGAGAAUUAUAGCAGGGACUGCAGCUAACAUGGGAAUUGAUAUUGACCCUCCAGUUCUUGAACCCAAAAAGAAGGAGGAACUUGUGUAGAUCCCAUUGUUCUUUGUUUGCUUGAUUUUUUUCUUAAUUGUAUUUAGGAAUCAUAUUUGUGUAAGAAGAUCAAUAAAUUCUUGAUUUUAUUAAACUAUACCUUCUAUUUU